AUGAGCUCCCUGCGUCUCGCCCCUUCAAGCAAAGCAUCGUCGGCCAGCUCGGCCUCGGUCCUGGACACGUCCAACUCGUACGGUCUCCACGACACCAUGCGUUUCGGUAUGCGCCAAAUCGCCUCUGAGGUUUCUUCUAAGCACCCCCUCGAGAACCGUCUCGCCGAGUGGGAGAACACACAAAUGGAGCUGAAGAUGAACAUGGCGAGGAACAUGUACGGAAUGCAUGCGCCCAUCAAGGUGGCCAUGGAACGGUCGCUCGUCGUCCAGGCCAGAGGCCCCUCCAUGCUCCCUCAGCGCUCAAAUCUUGGUUUGGAUAUCUUGGCCGGCAAGGAUGAGUCUAUCGACUUUGAGGAUUUCUUGAACGUUCCCGAGUUGUCGACGGAUAUGGUUGAUGUUCAUGUUGUCAUGGAGCGCCAGCUCGGUAUCCGCGCAUAA